AACGGAAAACAAGCAGACGAUUGGCCAAGGCUACCGGAUCCCCGCAUCCGCACCGGAUGCACUAGAGGUAUCUCACAGCUGCAAGCUGCAGUUCGUGCCGAACUGAGCUGAGCUGAGGCCUGAGUCAGUGACUGAAUUCGAAGUUGAAGAUCUGCAUGCUAUGCGUGCUUUGUUGCAAAAUGACUAAAACAUGAGUGCAUCCUUACCAGUAUCUGGACACACCAACCUCUCUGCUCUACAAAUUAUUGGUUCUUGUGUUUUAUCUCUUUUGGGACCAAUUAAAGGCGUCAAGUGCCUGUUUGAUGAAGAAAGCAAUGAGGGAGUGUUGGUGACAAGUACAAAUGAACUACUACAGGGACUGGAUAUUGAGCACCCUGUUGGUCAGUUGGUGAGAGAGUUUUGUUUGUCCCAACACAAACGCCAUGGGUCAGGCUGCACAACACUGGUCACUCUUGCUGGACUGUGGGCUGCGAAUGUCCAGUCAUUACUUAAUCAGGAUAUUCCCAUACAAGAUAUCGUCAGAGUUGGAGAUGAGUUCCUUCAAGAAUGUAGAGACAUUGCUGAACAAUCUGCCAUUUCCAUUCAUUCUCUCUCCAAAACUCUGGCAGUCACGAUUGAAAGGGAUGAAGAAAGGGAUAGGAUGAUGCUCAACACUUCAACUUCACUUCAGAGUUCAAAUGCAAAACAAAUUGUUCACCAUGGGAUUAUUAUGAGUUCAGAGGUUAGAGAGAUGCAAAGUGUUAGCCUCAAUCAGAACAGCAAUAAUAGCUGUGCCUUACCGUCCCAUUCACCAUUCCAGAGUGCCACUCCUGCAGAAUCCAAUGACCAUGAACAGCGGAAACAUUCAGGUGAAUCAGGCAUUGACUCCUCAAACUCUUCCCCUGGGAAAAAGCAUACAAGUACAGUUCUUUCAACCAGCAGUGCCAAAGUCACCACCUCAAGUGCAAUAUUGAAGGAAGAUGAUGUUGAUGAUGUUAGUUGGUUCUUUGAAAAUGAUUCUCGAUACAGUGACAAAGCAUGGGACACUGAUUCAACAGCUACAGGUAAUCUGGCUGGAAAACUUGAUGAGGUCUCAUUGCAGGGAUGUGAACAGGAAAAGUCCAGUUGUGUUGAGAAAGCAGUGGCAGAACUAGAUGAUGAAGAUGAUGUAGAAUGGUUCUUUGAAGACAAUCACAUUAUCUCGGAUUCUGUAAGUUAUAGUAAUGAUCGUCAAACGACCAUCUCUAGUUCAAUGCAUGAAGAGAGAGGGAAGGAUAUUUCAUUGAAAGUGACAGACUCAAAAGAAUCUGAGGAAAGAUUGAAAACAGGAGAAAGCUUAUCACAAUCUCGACACGAACAGCCACAUUCAAAAACAGUUCAAGAUCAAGAGAAAACUGAGCAGAUAGUGUGCAGGAAAGAUGUGCAUUCGGUCCUGGAACAAAGUCAUAAGGUCCCAAGCAAUGGAGAGUCCUUCACUAGAACUUCUUCUAUGAAGAGUAUGGAGAGAUUGGAAUCUCUGCUGAAAAGUGCAAUAGAACAGAAACCGUCCAAACUUCAGAAGGGAUCUCGUCGCAUCUUGAGCCGUCACCUUCUGGCCGACGAACAAGAAUCUUAUGCAUCACCCCUGGCUUCUGAAACAGCCUCGAGAGACAGAAAGCCUAAAAUGAACUCUAGCAAACUUGGUGAGCGCUGUAGGAAAGAUGAAAAGACAUCAGUUGUUCCCACGUUGACUCAGAGAGAAACCUCAUCGGAUCAUGUGCCGACACAGAAUGUCGGGAAGAGUUUCCGGAUGCACGUUCAGAAUUCAGAUGUGACAGGAGUCCUUGCAGAUGAUUUGAUGAAGACAGAGGAAACAACCUUAAAAGAACAACUAUCAAGUGAAAUUGAAACUCUUGGGGAUAGUCUAAACCAUGGUGCAGUCGCAGAGAUGAAGUUGGCAAUAGGAGCCUGUCAUGUACAGCUGAUGGCAAGUCAGGAUCCUCAAAGAUUUGACUUUAACACAGACCUAGUGCACGUCCAAACCUUAACAGGUCCAUCAUCAUCAUCGUCAUGCUGCAUCCAUGGUCUUGUGCUGCCUGUACUUGAAAAUCAGCUCAUCACGCUUCAGGCAGUGACAGGGAGAAGGAUGGUAGCUUUGCUUCUCAACAGUGAUUUACAAGAAUCAUACAGACACAGAGGAUUCAAGGAUUCCUUAAAAUCUUCAAGCGUUGUAUCAGAUGUUCCUUGGGCAGGGACAUCUCCUAAUUCUGUAUGGACUGAGCGAAUCCUGUCUUCACUAAAGAUGCUGAAUGUCAAUAUGCUGAUGGUUCGUGGAUCUGUAGACUCCUCCUUAGUUGAUGCCUGCUGUUUUGAUGAUAUACUGAUCCUGGAACAUGUGCCUUAUAGAUUACUGCAGCUACUUGGGACUGUCCACAAGUCUAACCUUUUAACCUACAUUCCAGAUGCCUUACAGGAUGAUUUAUGUGAUAAUAUCAAGGUGUCUUACUGGUCUUCAGGAUAUGACCCACACCCUACAGUAAGAUCCAGAGACCUGAAGAUCCAACAUCAUGUUCGCUUGUUCUGCCCUGGCAAUGUGAAGACCAUCAUCUUAUGUGCUCCCUCUGAACCUCAUUUAACUGGUGCAGAACAAAGGCUUCAUUCAUGCAUGGCACGGCUACAAGGGGCGCUGCAUGAUGGGAAGGUGCUACUGGGAGGUGGAAGGAUUGAACAGCAUCUUGUGGAGAAGCUAGCACAACAGACCGAACACGUCACUUAUUUUCAUCAAUACCGACACGAACUCGUCUACGAGGCCUUAGGUGAGGGAUUCAGGGCCUACACCCAGCACACCUAUCUGAACAUGGACCAAUGUCAAUCAACCAAGGAGGAUGCUUCUCCAGAUGCGGCCAGUUGCCACGGCAGCCCAUCCAGCCAUGUACACGACUGCUUCCUCGCCAAGAUAGGGGCGUGGCAGAGGGCGUGGCACCUUGUGAAACAAGUCUUGCUCUGUGAUGCUCUGAUUGUCACAGGUGUAGAUAAAGGAGAUAAGGAUUUGCAUAGAGUACUUUGAGGUCAGACAUUAAGUACAACAGUUUUCGCCUUCAUUGUAGAUUUUCAGUGAAGAGUAUAAUGCAGGCCUGAUACUUACCUGAUUUAAAUCCCCAUUUUUUCAGAUUUUUCCCUUUUUUUCCCAAUUUUCUUACUUCAAAGGGGGGGGGGGGGAUUUUUGUUAGAUACCAAUUUUUUUAACCCGAAUCCCUUUUUUUUUUACUCAAGGGGCUCACUAUCAUCCCUGGUAUAAUGUCCUAUUUAGCCGAUUCACCUUGAGUAGUUAAUCUUUUUCUUGUGUGGAAAUGUCAUAGUAGUUUUAUACAUGCAUACUUGUUUUCCGACUUUAUCCUUCUACAUCGCUCUUAUUUAAGUUCUGGUGACAUUUGACAUCUGUAGGAACACACAGCAUCAAGCCGGCAACUAGGGCAACUUGACUUAUCCAAUUUUCUUAAAUUAGUCCAGUCAUAUUUAUUGUUUUUUAUUUCCACAAUUCAUAACAUGAUAGGAAAACUAAUUAAUUAAUGUGGAUUGUCGCCUCAAACGAGGACUUGGCUCGCCAAUUUACAAACUUUUUAGCACUGUGAUCCAGUUGAUUGAUAAAUAUUGUACAAUUAGUUUGGCUAAGGAUAAUGAUAAUUAUAUUUAUAUGAUGGGAGUUCUUUACUCUUUGCUGUUUGUGUCUCGGAAUGUAAACGCAGUUGAUGCCUUGUAACGCUUCUUGAGAAGGCUAAAACACAAAUUGGUGCAAACUUGGUAUUCUGGCUACCGUGACUAGGUGUACGUGAACUUUGCUAUGAAGAUGUUGAAUGCAUCGUUGUUACCUGGUCUUUUUUUCUAGAUUUUCCCUAAAGGGUAUAUGAAAUAUAUGCAAAAUGUUCCCACGUUUGAAACUUGAGCGUUAAAGAUGAACAGCCAAACACAAAGAACAAGUUAAAUUUGGU